AGCUCUUUGUUCUGGUUUCUUGCCGCCAUCUCCGUUCCCUCUGUAUUUCUUUUCAGAGGAAAAUUCAAAACCCUAACCCUAAUCACCAACUCUUCUUCUAUCAAUUCAAUCCAAAUCAUGUAAUUGUUCUUCAAGCUUAUCUCCAGCCUCUUAGAUCUGCUAGAUUUGCAAAUCUCGAUUUCUCGUCUUACUUCUGUUUGGCCAUUAGAUUUCACAAGAACUGUAUGAAUGCUUCAAUCUCGAGGUUUCUUUGAUUCGAUUUCUGCAGAUUUCAGUUGAUUCUUGGCUUUGAAAUAGUUUCUCCCUCUGAUUUUGAAUCUUGGGAACAAUGGCGGUUUAGUAUUUGCGGCGAAAAUUCUUGGUUGAAUUUGAAUCUGCAUGCUACUAUGAGUUCAAUCCUCAUAUAUUACUCUGAAUUCUAGGGUUCAUUCUUUUUUGAAAGCUUCUACCUGGGAACUCGGUUGCCGAAUCCACUGCUUAGAAAUUUCUAGAGAAAUUUUUUUUUUAAAUGGGAGAAGGAGCAGUUUGUUUGGGAACCUUGGUGGAUAGUGCGAUGGGAAGUGUACACGCUUCAAAGACUGAUUUUAAGCGAGACCGUGAGUUUCUUGAUAGCGAACGAGAAGCUGCCGAGGACUCCCUUCCUAACAAGAAGCAAGCAAAAGAAACGUCAAACGAGGACAUUCAGUCUGAGGUUUCGAAUCCCUUAGGUUCUCCCAAAGAGCAAGACAUAACUAGCCAACCAACUGAAUUGGUUUGCAGCGGUAAGCAAGCUGGAGAGGUAGCUUCUGCAUGCUUGGGGAAUUCAGGCUGUGAGGAGAGUCCGAGUGAUGGAGAGCCUAGUGGAAAUGAUACUUUUCAAACAGAAAUCUCUCAAACUUCUGACACUCCUGUUCCUGUGCCAACUUCUGUCACAUUGGAAAUUCCGAAGCAUCUUAGUUCAUCUGGGAUUAGAAAAAUUACUUUUAAGUUUAGCAAAAGAAAGGAGGAUUAUUAUAAACCAUCACCUGCUUUAGUUCUGGAAAAUACUUAUGGUAAUGGUUCGGUUGAAUGGAGUAGUCCAUACCCGUGUGCUCCAAAUAUGGAAUUGAAAAUGUCUAAGAAGGUGGUUGCCAGAAAUUACCCUACAAAUGUUAAGAAGUUGUUAGCAACUGGCAUUCUUGACGGAGCUCGGGUGAAGUAUGUUUCUACUUCUUCAGAGAGAGUGCUUCAAGGAAUUAUUCAUGCAGGAGGGUAUUUAUGUGAAUGUUCAUCAUGCAAUUUCUCAAAAGUGCUGAGUGCUUAUGAGUUUGAGCAGCAUGCUGGUGCUAAAACCAGGCAUCCAAAUAAUCACAUAUACUUAGAGAAUGGGAAGCCAAUUUAUAGUAUUAUUCAAGAACUAAAGACUGCUCCACUUGGAAUAUUAGAUGAAGUGAUAAAGAGUAUGGCUGGUUCAUCUAUCAAUGAAAAGUCCUUCGUGUAUUGGAAAGCUAGUCUACGGGAAAGUCACUCAGUGAAUGAAGCUGAUAACCGAGAUAAUAUGAAGCAUCAUAGUUUGCCGGAUAUGUUUGUAAGUAAUUCUGUGGAAGGAAGCAUGAGCCCUACUUCUUCUUCUUUGGCACAGAAUAAUCCUGCUACUGUUAGACAGCAAAAGGUGGAGAUGGUAGAAAAGCAGAAACACUCUCUAAAAAGGCCAUACUCCGAAAUCUCAAACUCUGUUGCACAACAAAAGAAAACUGCUGAAGGUGCCUCCAAGAAGAGGGACAAUGACUUACAUCGGUUACUGUUUAUGCCAAAUGGACUUCCAGAUGGUGCUGAAUUGGCUUACUAUGCCAAAGGACAGAGGUUACUUGAGGGCUACAAGCAGGGAAAUGGUAUAUUCUGUGAUUGUUGCACUAAAGUGAUUAGCCCUUCACAGUUUGAAGCUCAUGCUGGAAUGGCUGCUAGAAGACAACCGUAUCGUCACAUAUAUACUUCUAAUGGAUUGGCACUUCAUGACCUAGCUGUAUCCUUGGUAAAAGGACAGAGGCUUACAACUGGUGGAAGUGAUGACAUGUGCGCGAUAUGUGGGGACGGGGGAAAUUUGCUUCUUUGCCAUGGGUGUCCUCAGGCUUUUCAUCCUACUUGUUUGGGUUUGCCAUGCUUUCCUGAAGGUGAAUGGUUCUGUUCAAAUUGUAUAGAUAAAUUUGGUUCUGGACAGAGUCCAAAUAUGUCAAGACCAAUUUUUAUCCGCUUGACACGGGUUGUUAAAGCACCAGAAUUCCAGAUUGGUGGUUGUGCUAUUUGCAGGGAACAUGAUUUCAGUGCCAAGGUCUUUGAUGAUCGAACAGUUAUUAUCUGUGAUCAAUGUGAGAAGGAGUUCCAUAUUGGUUGCCUGAGGGAUAGUGGAAUGUGUGAUUUGAAAGAUAUCCCCAAGGAUACAUGGUUUUGUUGUGAUGACUGCAAUAGGAUCUAUCUGGCCCUCCAGAGUUCUGUUUCAAGUGGAGUGCAGAUGAUACCUUCCUCAUUGCUGCAAACAAUAACAAGGAAGUAUCUAGAAAAAGGUUUAUUUGUUGAUGGAAAUGCUGAAUUGGUUCAGUGGCGAAUUCUAAGUGGCAAAAGCCGUUGUUCCGAUAAUUUGCCGUUGCUUUCAAAUGCUGCUGCAAUUUUCCGAGAUUGUUUUGAUCCCAUUGUUGCAACAUCUGGUCGUGAUCUUAUUCCUCUCAUGGUCUAUGGGAGAAAUAUCUCUGGCCAGGAGUUUGCUGGAAUGUACUGUGUGGUUUUGAUUGUGAGGUCUGUUGUUGUAUCAGCUGGUCUCCUUAGGAUAUUUGGUCGCGAAGUUGCUGAGCUUCCUCUAGUGGCAACAACCAGAAAACAUCAAGGAAAAGGUUAUUUCCAGGCAUUAUUCUCAUGCAUUGAGAGGUUACUGAGUUCCCUCAAUGUGGAAAACCUUGUACUCCCUGCAGCUGAGGAAGCUUUGUCAAUCUGGACAAAGAAAUUUGGCUUCAGAGAGAUGAGUGAUGAGCAACGGUUGAAUUACCAACGCCAGUUCCAACUGACAAUUUUCAAGGGAACAUCAAUGCUGGAAAAAGAGGUGCCGCCAAUAACAGAAUAACUUGUUCAUCUCUCCCAGAAGUUUUUAUCAGAAUAGAUUGGAGUUAGAACCAUUCUCAAUUUCCCAUGGCUUUUCCCUUUUCCUGCAAAAAUUGUUUCCGUUCUUAAAGUUUCCAUCAUCAUUUUCCUUUCUUUCAAGUUACAACAGCCAGGAUACUGGUUUAAGUACUGCGUUUUCUUCUAUACAAACUAGAUAAAAGGCCAAAAGGACAGGAUUUUUAGGAAAAAGAUAAAAUGGCACAGGGAAAACACUGCAUGCUGAUCUUUUACAAUGCAUGAUGCAUGUUGCAAGAAAAAUCUUUGUACUCCGUGUUUUCUAUUUUUGUUGAAUAUGCAAAACUAAGACCUUCCAGCUGAAAAGUCA